AUGAUAGAGGCAAAUCAAUUGGGAUUAGGAUGGAAAGCGAAAAAAAAUGAAAUUGCGCCAUCUCCAUCGCGCAGAAUUUCUGCACGUCGUGAAAUUUUUCUACAGAAGCGUCUUCGGCUUUUUUCCUUGCAGAACUCGCCAGGUGAUAAAAAUGGUGGCACAACGAAAGAAACCUUAGUAGAUGGAAGCAUGGCAGGUGCAUUGUUAGGGGGUCCGAAAGUGGCAAUUAUUGAGGAUCAGAGUGUACCAGUACCGCAGGACAAACCACCUAUUGAGGGUGUUACUAUUGAGGUUCAAUUUGAUACUUUAAUUUGGAGGUGUAGUGGUAUUUAUGGUAGUUCUCAAUUUAAUAAAAGGGUUCUCUUUUGGGAUUAUCUUGUUGCACAAUCCAUGGUUUUUCAAAGACCUUGGAUCGUUCUUGGUGAUUUUAAUGAAGUCAAAUCUUCUCAUGAAUCUAAGGGCUGUCAAUUUUCUCAUCAAAGAGCAGACAUGUUUGCUAAUUCAUUAGGGGAUAGUGGUUUGUUUGAUCUGAAGACUAUUGAGAGGCGAUUUUCUUGGUACAGGAGGGUGAAAAAUUAUGUUGACAUGGCAAAAAAGCUUAAUCGAGUUUGUCGUCCUCAACCUAAAGGGAAUCGACUUUUCCGAUUUGUUGCUGCUUGGGCUACUCAUCCUGGGUAUAGGGAUAUUGUGAAUCAGUCAUGGUGGUCUGGUAAUAGAGGAAUUCAUGACAAGCUUUUGAAAGUACAGAAGAAUUCACUAGAGUUUGACUCGAAAGUAUUUGGUAACAUUUUUGUUAAGAAAUUGCAAGAAGAACUUCUAUGGUUUCAAAAGUCCAGAAAGCAGUGGGUAAGGUUUGGGGAUAGGAGUACAAGAUUCUUUCAUAUUCAAACUCUUGUGCGAAGGAAGCAUAAUAAGAUUCAUGGCCUUUUUCUCAAGGAUGGAGUGUGGAAAACUGAUCUAGAGGUUCUGAGUCAAGAAGCAGAGUCUUUCUAUAAAAGCUUAUUCUGUCGUUUGGAUGAUGUUAAUUUGGGUUGCCUUGGUGAUGUGCCUCUUCCUUCUCUGAAUGAGGAAGCUUGCAAUAAUCUUACGGCACCAGUUACUAUGGAGGAAGUCAGAACAACUGUUUUUCACAUGAAUUCUUUUAAAGCUCCGGGUCCUGAUGGGUUUCAAACUUUCUUCUUCAAAGAAUAUUGGGAGAUCAUUGGUCUUGAUGUUUGGAAAAUGGUUAAGCAGGUAUUCUCCGGUGUUACUCUUGAUCUGAGAAUGAUGGAGACUUUGCUGGUUCUUAUUCCAAAAGUUGAAUCACCGGUAUCUAUGAAAAAUUUCAGGCCGAUUAGUCUCUGCAAUGUAGUUUACAAGAUCAUCAUGAAGGUCCUUGUUAAUAGGUUUCGCCCUCAUCUUGCGGAUAUUGUUGGCCCGCUUCAAGGAGGAUUUAUUCUGGGACGAGGAACUUCUGACAACAUCAUUAUUGCUCAAGAAGUUCUCCACUUUAUGAAGAAGACUAAAUCAAAGAAAGGCAUACUGGCCUUUAAGAUUGAUCUAGAGAAAUCUUAUGACAGAGUUGACUGGAGUCAUCAGGUUGAUUUGGGCUUGUGGGAGCCGGUUGCUAUUUCUAGAGGGGGACCAAGAAUAUCCCACUUAAUGUUUACGGAUGACUUGCUUCUAUUCUGUAAAGCUAAAAAGAGACAAGUGCAAAAUGUGAUGUUGGUUUUAGAGACUUUUUGCAAAGCAUCUGGGAUGAAGAUUAAUGUAGAUAAGUCUAAAGCGCUUUGCUCCAAGAAUGUCUCUGUAACAAGAAAAGAGGUUUUCACUGGGGUAUCCUCUAUCAGAUUUGUCCAGGACUUGGGCAAGUAUCUUGGAGUUACCCUUAGCCAUUUUCGGGUGACCUGUUCAGCUUUCAAUGGUGUCCUGAAUAAGAUUCAGAGUAGGCUAGCAAGCUGGAAAGGGAGUUUAUUCAAUCGGGCUGGUAGACUAUGCUUGGUUAAUUCUGUUGCAGCCGCUAUUCCCACGUACCAGAUACAUGUCUCUAUUUUUUCCAAAGGAGUCAUUAGUAAAUUGGAGUCUAUGAUGGGAAAUUUUCUUUGGAAAGGCUGGAGGAAAGAAGGGCGGUUAUCUAAUGAGAUGUAUUAUGUUCAUAUUUCUUAUUCGAAUCUCCGGAUACAGGAUAUUUGGUCGGUUGGUAGGUGGCAUUUGGAUAUUCUUUAUUCUCCUUUAUCUCAAAAUCUGAAAGGUAAUAUUCUCUCUUACAAUCCAGAUGAACAAGCAGGUCCGGAAGUGAGUUGGUAUUGGUGUGGGUCUGCUGCCAAAGUCUAUGACUCACGCAAUGGUUACUUGUGGUUGUGUAAGCAGCUAUUUGGUUGGGAGGAGAAGGAGAAUUGGCUUUGGCUCUGGCGUCAGCUUGUUCCGGAAAAGCACCAGUUUUUGGCUUGGUUGUAUCUUAAGGAGGCUCUUCCUACUGCAAGUUUUCGCUUUAGAAGAGGGAUGUCGUCAUCGGAUAGGUGUCCAAGAUGUCUUUCUAGCCAGGAAUCGAUUGUGGCUCCAGUAACUCUGGCUAAUGAAGAGAUUGGCCUUGAACGAGGUAGAACAUCUGGAAUCACUCUAAUCAAUGCUUCAAAUUCACAACGUUUGAAAUGGAGAUCAGGAGCAAAAUCGGCACCCAAUUGUCCAAGAGCUUAUCCUAAGAGGCCAGCUGCCUCACCAUCUGGUUAUUUCCAAUCAUUAAGUAGCAACACCAUUUUGAGGAUAAAUGGGGAGACGGAGCACCACGACGCUGACGUCGACGCUCAACUCGCUGAGAUCCAUGCCACAGCUCGUUGCCUGCUAAAGAUGACGCCGCUGAGGAGUGAGAACGACGACGCCCGCGGGUGCCACGACGACGGCAGAGAGAACGAUGGCGUACUAAGGCUGAUAACAAACGACUCGAAAAGAGAAGAGGGAUACUGCGAAUGA